AUGAGAUCUUGCUAUUCUCACAAAGGUGUUAGCCCAGGAAAGCAUCCUCUUCGAUCCAUGCCUUGUGAUAAAAUAGGAAAAGAAGACAUUCAAUCGUCAAAUAAUGGCCUAUACUCUGAUUGUACUUUAUGCGGUAUAAUUCAUAAGGAUCCCCAUAAGCAAGCGUUAUAUCCCUUACGCAAGGAUCAGCAUAGGGCUCAUUAG